AAACAUGUGAGAGUUAAACACCGAGGAGACGGACAGGUGCUCAAAAUGCCUCAGGAGCUAAACAAUGAAGAAGGGGCCACAUUGAUUCCCACACAACAAGCUGCAGGAGAGCCAAAAAGCUCAAUGAUAUCUGCGUCUUUUAAUUUCAUAAAUUCCAUAAUUGGAUCUGGAAUAAUAGGUUUACCAUAUGCAUUGAACCAGGCUGGACUACCCCUUGGCCUUCUGCUGUUGGUAGCUGUUGGGUUCAUCACAGACUACUCCAUCAUCUUACUAAUUAAAGGUGGCAACCUGUCUGGGACAAAUAGUUAUCAGUCACUGGUGCGAAGCACAUUUGGUUUCCCUGGAUUUCUGAUUUUAUCUGGGCUGCAGUUCCUUUAUCCUUUCAUUGCUAUGAUUAGCUACAACAUCACAACUGGUGACACACUGACCAAAGUAUUUCAGAGAAUACCAGGAGUUGGUCCAGACCACAUACUUGCAGAGCGUCACUUUGUGAUCUUGCUAUCAACCGUUGCAUUCACACUGCCUCUCUCACUUUAUCGAAACAUAAAUAAACUUGGGAAGGUUUCUUUCUUGUCAAUGGUGCUGACAUUUACCAUCCUCAUUGUUGUAAUCAUCAGAGCAGCUACCUUUGGACCCCAAAUCCCUCCUACAGAGAAUGCAUGGGCAUUUGCAAAAUGGAAUGCAAUUCAGGCAGUUGGUGUGAUGUCUUUUGCCUUUAUAUGCCACCACAACAGCUUCCUCAUCUAUGGUUCUCUGGAGCAGCCCACACUAGCCAACUGGUCUCGGGUCACCCAUGUGUCCGUAGGCUCUGCGUUAAUAAUCAGUUCUGCUUUUGCUGUUGCUGGCUAUACAACCUUCACUGGCUACACACAAGGAGACGUAUUUGAGAACUACUGCAGAAAUGAUAACCUGGCAACAUUUGGUCGCUUCUGUUUUGGGCUCAGCAUCAUAACCACAUAUCCAUUGGAGUGUUUUGUUACACGUGAGGUGUUAUCCAAUGUCUUUUGCAGUCGGGAUCUUUCAAAGGUGGAACAUGUGGCAAUAACAUUUCUCAUAGUUGCAGUUUGCACAUCAAUAUCUUUGACAUAUGAUUGUCUGGGAGUUGUUUUGGAGCUGAAUGGUGUUUUGAGCGCCACACCUCUGAUCUUCAUCAUUCCAUCUGCGUGCUUCCUCAAACUCUCUCCCAACAGCUGGUUCCAGGGUGAAAACUUGAUACCCACCAUCUUGAUAUUUAUUGGCUUGUUUGUCAUGAUCACCGGUUUGACCAUGACGGGCGUCUCCCCUCAGGAUUGCUCACACGGCGUGGAGAUGUUCUACUGUGCAGACACCAAUGUCUCUGGCACUGUACCCCCUGUAUGAAU